AUCAGCGUUCUGACUGAGGAGAUGCUGCUUGGCUGCUGGAUCGCUGCACCGCUGCUGCUGCUGCUGCUGCUGUCGGCUGGGACUCGGGCUCAGAGCGGAGACGGAGACACGGACAUGGAGCCCAGAGUCAGCUGCACCUCUGACAUCCUGAUGGCAGGAAGCAGUCUGACCUGUAAACUGGUCGGAGGCCGGAGCGACAGUGAGGACGAUGAAGACGAAGAGGCUGAUGUCAUAGACAGGAUGACAGUGUGCUACUUCGACUGGAAUGGAAAUAAAAAAGAAGAGAAGUGUUUGAAGGUUCCUGGAGACACAGUCACCUCCAAAGAUCUGCGUCUUGUCCUUGACUUCAACGUAUCCGUCCACCUGAAGUCAGGAAGGUUAAUCACAACCAUGGUGGACCUGAAGAAAAUAGUCAAACCGAGAAGUCCUCAGGUGAAGAACGUGACUUUCGACCAUGAGUCAAACCAGGCUGUGAUUCGUAUUCAGACUCCGUACCACAAAGACUACCUGAAACUCGAAAACCAACUCUUCCAGCUGCUCAUCCAGAGCCCCGACAGAACAAUACCUCAAAACUUCUCAUCGGACACUCUAAAGAUCGACAUGCAGCACCUCCGCAGACACACCGUGUAUCACGUCAAAGUGCGAGCGUUACCAGUGAAAGUUUGGCAGGGUACCUGGAGCGACUGGAGUGAAACGUACAGCUUCUUUACUCCCGCUGGAGAAAAUAAACAGAGGGACGGGAGACGGGAGACGUACACACUGCUUCUGUGUUUCGUCGUUUUGCUGGUGGUGCCUUUAAGUGUUAUUUUCUUCUGGAAAAACAAAAUUUUUACCUACAUGUGGCCGAGCAUCCCGCACCCCAAACACACACUGGUGCAGAUCUGCAAGCCAAAUAAAGGCCUCCUGUUGAACUUCAAACCUGAAGUGUUCAGCGCUCUUAAAGUGGAGAAGAUGGAGGAGCAGCCGUGUGAGGAAACUUCGAUCGCUGCUGCAGCCGCUGACGGUGCUCACUCCGAAUUUCCCGGCUCUUCCCACAGCUCUGACUCCUCCAGGAGCACCACCAGCGUCAGCACAGAGGAGCUGGAGCUGUCCGCCCUGCUGAGCCGGAGCUCCUCUGACGGAGAGGACGCCCUCCAGAGCACCAGUCUGUCCCCCGUCCAAGUGCAGCCGCCCGAGGAGAGAGCUCACACACCUCAGCCUGAGUGCAGCGGCGGAGGGAAUGAGGCGGAGGCUUACGUCACCAUGUCCAGUUUUUAUCAGAUCAAGUAGGUCAGAAGGACGAAGAGGGACAGUGAUGGACGGACAAAACUGGAAAAUGACACCUCAGAAAACUCUGACCAGCCACAAAAUGAUUCCUUUAAUAUCAGUCAGUCCACGUCUCUGAUCCACUCUGGAAUAUCUCUAUUUCCAUCAACGUUUCACAGACGUUCACUUCGUCAGUCUGUCCAGGAUUUCGCAGGCUGUGUUUGGGAUUGUUGCGGCCUGAUAUUUCUCAUUUCAAAAAAUUCUUUACAACUUCUUUUGGCCUUUUUUUGCAGUUCAAUUUUUGGGCAAGUGGAAAUUACAAGAGUAGCUGUGAUGCUGUUUCUGAUUCGGAGCUCAUUAUCGUGAGCGCUCAGUGUUUCCCACAGAAUUAGAAUCUAUUCGUGAUUUGCGGAGAUGGGGGGUGGCUGCAUCAACAGCUGAUGACCAACAAUCAGCUGCUGAUGGUGUUUGACGCAGAGCUGCAGGAGCGUCUCCAUAAGCUGCUCCUCUCCUGCUGAGAACAUCAGACACCGAGCUGACACCAAAACAGCUCGACUGUGUCAUUAAACCUGUUAAUAACCCCUAGGUCACGUUAGCCAUGUGAUGCUAACAGUUAGCCCUGUCACUGUGUGUGUGACCCUGAGCUCCUGUCCUGCAGAUAAACACAGAGAGAAUCAUUGCGCUGCAUGCAGUUCCACCAUGAAAUCAGAUGUUAAUAGUCAAAUUUGUGGUUAAGUUUCAGUGACCGCUCAAAAUUCACAGGGAUUGGCUGAUUUUGUGUUAAUUGUUGUGACUAUAACAUCCUGCACGGACGGCUCUGGCCAGAGGAUGAACCCUCGAACGCCACCAUGAGGUGGUGUGUUUUUUUUAGUGAAAUAUUAGCAACAUUUCCUGGACAGUGUUGGACGGGUCUUCACGGUCUCACUGACUCUCAGUGAUCCUUUCACUUUUCCUGUAGCGCCACCAACAGGUCAGAGUUGAUUUUAUUCACCCCUUGAUGUCUCCAGUUUUUUAAAUGGUCAAAGUCUGCGCAGCAGAAUUUUUAUUUUUCCUUCAGCGAGUAAAAGUGGAGAUAUUUUAUUUUUAUCUCUCUCUGGAGUCCAGAGUGUGACAGUAGCAGUUUGUUAAAUGUGGGCUGUUGACCCAGAGAGACGGAAAUGUAGCUUUAUGUUUAUUUUGUUGCUUUUGACGCCGUACGAUUGUAUCAAGUAUAUCUGAAUCAUAUAUGGCACAUUGUAUACUGACAGACCUCCUCAUACAGUCAGCUGCUGUGUUUCUGCAGGUUUUACUACAAAUCACAGAGAGGUGUCUCCAGAGAGCGUCCAGACGGCACUGGUUAAGGCUCAGCUCAUCUUUCAGCUGAGCGCCAUGUUCUCUGUAGUGAAGCAACCAAAUAAAAAGAUUCAGUUGGCUGCUUGGAGGGUCGUCCAGCGACUCACAGAUGGGUGACAAAUGAAAAUAAAUCUCCGUCUGAGGUGAGUUACUUAAGUGUUGUUCCACUAGAACACCUUCAGUUCUCCUCGUCAUAGAGUUUUACAUCGCCUGUUCAAGGAAGGUCACGCCGACAUGCCGCCUCAUCGUUCUGUAUAAACGGUACGAUCGUGACACAGAGGGACAGAGUUGUCUCGCCUUUAAGCCGACAGCGAAGCACCGACAUGAUGUCUGUGUUAAAAGUGUGAGCAAAGCAUGACGAGUGUGACGUUUUGAUGGCGUGUUAUAUGUGCGACUCAUUAAAGUAAUAACCAUAAGAACUUUGUAGAACCUCUUAAAUGACCCCUAGAAGGAAAGGAUUCCUAGAAAUUUCGUUUCACGUGCAAGCAUGCAAAUGACAAUAAACAAAUUAAAUGAAAUGAACUCCCUAAAACCCUAACCUCUGAGGAAGUUCUAAGCCCUCUAGCUCUGAGCCCUAAGAUCCCUAAAUGAUGUACAAAUUAAUGACAGUUUAAAGUAACCACAAAAACCACUUAACAGACCACAAGAACCACAAAGAACCUCUCAAAUGGCCACUAGAACCACCCCGAGGAUUCCUAGAACCUCCUCAGUGACGGUUAUCAUCAUAUAAAUGAGCCCUAGAAUCUUCUCAGUGAACAACAAUCAUAUAGAACCCCUUAAAUGACCUCUAGAGCCACCUAAAGGAUGAGUUGAACCUCCUUACAUCUAAACCCAAACCUUUGAGGAUGUUGUAAGCCCUAAGAUUUCUAAAUAAUGUACAAAUUAAUAACAGCUAGAGUAACCCGAAGAUCCACCUGACAGACCACAAGAACCACAUAGAGCUUUGUCAAUGACCACUAGAACCACCUUAAUGAUUCCUAGAACCUCCUCAGCGACUACUGGUAUCACAUAAACAUACAUGACCAUAACAACCAAACAAACCAUUAGAACCACCAAAAGGACCAGUGGAACCACCUCAAUGCCUUAAUCCAAACCUUUGAGGAAGUUUGAAGCCCUCCAGCUCUCAAAAUGAUGUACAAAGUAAUGACAGAUUAAAGUAACUAUCCACAAAAAACACCUAACAGACCAAAAGAACCACUUAAAUGACCAUUAGAACUUCCUCAGUGGACACCAGAACCACCUAAAGGACUACAAAAAAACCCUCUGUAUUCACAAGAACCAUGUAGAACCUAAACAUCAGAAAAUUUAGAUGAAAGUAACUAGAAUAACCUGAAGAACCACCUGACAGACCACAAGGACCAGGUAGAACCUCCUAAAUGGACAACAGAACCACCUCAAGGACUACUACAAACUCCUCAGUGUCCACAUGAACCUCUUAGAGGACCACACCUGACCACACCCCUAGAUCCACCUAAGUGAGUGCUAGAACUUCCUCAAAGACCACCUAAAAGAACUCUUGAAUGUCCUCAGCACCGCCCUGGCACAAAGGUCUACGCUCUUCUGUUUUUUUGGCUUUCCUUAGAAGCUACCUGGCAGAUCAGCGACCUCAGUCUGGGUGGAGGUGAUGUAGCGUUAAGGUGCGGCAGCGCUGUGCCUGAUCUGUUUCACAGCAGACAGGUUUCUGAUCCAGCUGGGAGCAGGGCGGGGCGGUCCGGUAUCAGAACCCCGGCUAAGUUUGAGCUGCUGCAGGUCAGAGUCUGGAGCUGCUGCUGUGCUCCUGCGGAGGUGAAGAGGAUGAGCGUUUGAGUCGUUCAGGUGUUUCCUUUUAAUUUGUCACCCGUCUGUUUGAUUUGAGCUAAAACGUCCAGAAACACCAGCGAGGUCUUUUUAAAGAAAGCUGCUCGUAUCUGCACUGAAACUGUUAAAGAACUUCAGCUGUUGUUCGUCAUGGAUCAGGCUCGUCUCCCUCCGCUGACCAGCAGUACGUGUCGUUCUGGUCAGACAGGUGACACGUGCUGCUGCAGCGACCUGACCCCACACCAAGCACCAUGCUGCUUUUUCAUGUAUCUGACACAACCUACACCUCAUGUUUCCUCACAGCGACGGCUGAAAGACAAACACAGAAUGUACACUUUAUUUCCUCUCCGGUCUGAUUGUAAUAUUUCAGCUGUGUGUACUACACCGUAACAUCUGAUUGUACAACAUGUUCUUUAUUUAAACAGAGCUGACGGUGUUGCAUGUAAUAAAACAGAACAGUUAUGAAGUGA